UAGAACGCCACGACUUCCAGAGGGGGCUUCGGUUUUAUUUUUACUUUGAUGUGAAAUAUUUUACCAUAACAGUUGCUAAAUUAUUACAAAAAUGGCGAGUGAAAUCCUGUCUCAAAUGGGUUGGGAUGAAGGGUUCGCCAUUCCCGUUGCAGAUGCAGAAAAUAAAGUCUUGGAAGAUGAGCUAAAAAGGAAACAAAAAGAAAAGGCUAACCUGGAGAACAAGUUGGGUGAAUUUGAAGACCGGAUCCAUGCUAUGGCUGAACACCUGAAAAAUGUCAGACAGGAGUUAUCUCAUACACAGGCCCUUUGUAGGGCCAAGGAAAAGGAGUCUGAAUCUGAGGUGCAUUUGAAGUCUUUGGCUGAGAGAGAGGAUGGACGUCUUCGGCAGGAGAUUCAAAGGCUUGAAAAUGAACUGGUAGCAUUGAGAGAUAAAAGGAACAUUCAAGAGAACAACAUUUUCAAAGCCACCCAGAGACUGGAGGAUCUGAAAUGCCAGCUGAACUGGGAUCAUCAGGCCCUGGAGGCCUGGCUGGAAGAAUCGGCACGCAAAGAUGAAGAUGCCAUGGCAAUCGUUAAGUACGCCAAGCAGGAUGAAGGCAAAAUAAGAGAGCUCACAUUGCGUAUAGAGAAGAUGACAGUUGAAGCUAACCAGAAACGGAAAAUUCUUGAUAAUGAAAUGACGGAGACAAUAUUAUCUCAGAUUGAGCUAGACAAGAUAGCAGAAGAUUUUCGUAAAGCCCACAUAGAAAGACAGGACCUGAUCCAUCAGUGGGAGAAUACCAUAGAACAGAUGCAGAAGCGAGACGAGGAGAUGGAUCAGUGUUCACUGUUAAUUGCCAAGGUGAAACAAGAGAUCAGAGAGAGAGAAAUGGUCAUCAAGGAGAAGUUUAACUUUCUGCAAAGUGAGGUGGAGAACAAUAAGGAAUAUGAAAAGAAUAUUUCCAAUGCUGAACGACAAGCUGCUAAACUCAGACUGGAAAACCAAGCUCAAGAAACCAACUGUACUUAUUUGAAGCAUGAGCUGAAUAGCUUGAAGGGGACUGUGGAUAGGACCGCUACUGAUCUAGAGUCAAUGAGAAUCCAGCUGGCCAACGUGAAAAAAGAAAUUGUGGACAAAAAUAACAAAUUGAAAACUACUAAAGAGUAUAAUGAAGGCCUUGUCCAAAAGCUGAAAUCUGUGAAUGAAUCAACAUUAAAUGUGGAGGAGAGAGCUAAAAGAAUGGAAGAGAUGUUGAAGGAAGAGGAACAAACCAUUAAGGAGAUAGAAUUUCAGUUACAACAGCUGAGGGAGCAGCAGUUCAAGAGAAACCAGGAGUUAGCCAACCAGAAAGAGAAAGAGAAGAAUACAGAGGCCGAGAUCAUUGGGAGCAGGACUGCCCUUCAAAAUCUCAAUAGUAGGCUACAUAAACUGGAUCGUGACUCACUUAAACAACAGGAAAUGAUUUAUGGCCAGGAUUUCCAGAUUCAGCAUCUGGGGAGAAAGAUGUCCAAGCUUCAGGGAGAGUUGAACACAGAUGAAAAGCUUGUUCUUGAAGCCAAGGUGGCUGAACUCAACAGCAAUCUGACAGAGAAGAAGGACACCUGCAACAUGCUGACAACACAGCUAAAAAAGCUUGAGGAUGAUAUCCGUUAUGUGAAAAAGGAGUUAGAUCGGACUGGAGCCGAGAAGAACGAACUGACCAGUAAAAUUGAAGAACUAAACCUUUUCAAUGACAUCUCAGAAAAGGAGCUGAAGAAGAUCAGGCUUAAAAAGCAGGACUUCAUGGUUGAGGAUAACAUACUGAAACUGGAGGUCAAACGUCUGCGAGACUUGCUUUACAACAAGGCAGACAACGUUCUCUCCUUAGAGAAGAGGAAACUUCAGCUGCAAGCAGCUAUGAAAGAAAGAGCAGAGGAAAUAAAAAUUCAUAGGGACAUGUUACAAACACAGGUCAGAAUUGUGGAUCAGGAACGUCAAAAACUCAGUGCAGAAGUGCAGGAGAGACUUUCCAAAAUUGAUAAACUAAGGAAGAGGUACGAAAUUUUAAUGAUUUCCACGGCAGCCCCCGAGGGAGAAGAGGAUAAGUCACAAGCUUAUUAUGUCAUUAAGGCUGCACAAGAGAAAGAGGAACUUCAACGUGAAGGGGAUGAACUGGAUGCAAAAAUCCGCAAGUCAGAGAAAGAAUUGAGAGCUUUAGAAAACACGCUGCAUGUGAUCAACAGCCGCAAUUCAACAUACAGGAAAUCUUUUCAAAGAGUCACAGAAACAAGUGAAGAAUAUGAAGAGAAGCUAAAGCUCGAUGAGCUGAAGAGAGCCGUUGAGGAGAAGUACAGGUACAAACGAAGACAAAUCCGAGAACUCCAGGAAGAUAUUCAGGGUAUGAACAGCACACUUGACAAUCUGUUGAAAGACGAAGCAGAUCACCAUGAAAUGUCUGAGGAGGCACAAACUAAAAUUAUGAACUUGAAUAAGGACCUGGAGGCUCAAAAGCAGAAAUUAGAGAGAGUAACAAAGCAGUGCUCUAAAGUGGCCAGGGAGAUUCGUACUGCCAAGAAGGGCAGAGGGGAGACCACAGAGGAACGUGAUAUAGAUCUCCGUGGAUUACGAGACUUUAACAGAUCUGUUAAUAAGAUGCUGGUCGAAGCUAUGGGGGACCAGCCUGAACUAGCAACAGCGCUCCAAAUAUACUUUCAACAGGCCAAGUUGCCUUUACCUGCAGUUGUUUCUACUCCUAGCAGUAGGCACAGCUCAAUGCUUGCUUCUGCCCGCAGCUCAGCAUCAUCUGUGAGGACACAAAUCUCUUCAAGAAGCAGUUCUGGAAAUGCUGGUGUGCAGUCACCACCUAUGAAGGUCGUUGAUCUAGGAUUGGGACUGUCUGUGACAUCACCUCCUCUAACAACAACUUCACCCAGGGAAUCUCGCCCUGGCAGUGCAGCUACCAGCAACAGUAGCAGCCGCAGUCAAAAGAGUCUGAAGUAG